AUGAAUCCGGAAUCAGUAACGAGGCCCCUUGCGGCCCCUCUGCGGCCCCUCUGCGGCCCCGUCGCCGCCACCUGCGGCCCCGCCGCCGCCACCUGCGGCCCCGUCGCCACCACCUACGGCCCCGUCGCCGCCACCUGCGGCCCCGUCGCCGCCACCUGCGGCCCCGCCGCAGCCACCUGCGGCCCCGUCGCCGUCACCUGCGGCCCCGUCGCCCUCCCCUAG